AUUACAGCAUUUCCUUCCAAGAGUAGCCCUUUCAGAUCCUUGUAUUUCCUUGCAUUUCAAAAUGUACCUUCUCUUAAAAGAAAUUGACUUCCUCUGAAAGAUGUCGGUAAGAAUAUGGAGAACUUCAAACAAGGUAUUCCUGCAACACUUCCUAGGGCAAGAUAUUGGUGCUAAUGGCCUUUGCCUAUCAAAGAUUAAUAGAUAAGAAUUAUGUGCCGUGUGUUUGACAUGAGCAAUUAAGGCAAGGAGCUGACAGUUGUAAGUACUUGACGUACGUGCUCUUGUGAGAGGUAUUCAACGGCAGCUGGAGAUUCUCUCCUGAUUUGGUUCUAUUGCCUUUUAUUCUUCCAGCAAGCUGGGCAGAUCCAAGAAACAGAACCUACAGUUCUGAAAUGGACCCAGUCUUCAGGAGGUCCCCCAGCAGAAGCCAUACUGUGUCGGGAAGCGACUCAGUCUCCAGUGCAUCACCCAGCAGAAGCCAUCCUGCGUCUGGAAGCGACUCCUUUAGCAUGUCACCCGGCAGUAGCUAUACUUUGUCUGGAAGCGACUCAAUCUUCAAUAUGUCACCCAUCAGAGCCCAUCCUCUGUCUGGAAGCGGCUCAGGCAUCAGUAUGCCAUCCAGCAGAAGCUAUACUGCCUCUGGAAGCGACUCCGUCUUCAGUAUGCCAUCCAGCAGUGACUAUACUGCGUCUGGAAGUGACUCAGGUCACUUCAGUUUCACACCCAACAGAACCUAUUCUAUGUCUGGAAGCGACUCAGUCUUUACUUUUCCAUCCAGCAGCGACUAUAGUUCGCCUGGGUACUUCAGUAUGACACCCGGCAGCACCUAUACUGUGUCUGGAAGCGACUCCAGCUUCUUCAGUAUGUCACCCAGCAGAAGCCAUGCUGCCUCUGGAAGCGACUCAAGCUUCUUCAGUAUGUCACCAAGUAGAAGCCAUGCUGGCCCUGGAAGCCCAUCAGUCUAUUUCAGUAUGUCACCCAGCAGAAGCCAUGCUGUGUCUGGAAGCGACUCCAGCUUCUUCAGCAUGUCACCCAGCAGAAGCCACGCUGCCUCUGGAAGCGACCUAUCCGCCGCAUAUUUCCGGCCUCCCUUUGUACCCCAAGCAGCGAGUUCCCCUCGUGCUCCUGCUCCUGCUGCAAGCUGGGCAGAUCCAAGAAACAGAACCUACAGUUCUGAAAUGGACCCAGUCUUCAGGAGGUCCCCCAGCAGAAGCCAUACUGUGUCGGGAAGCGACUCAGUCUCCAGUGCAUCACCCAGCAGAAGCCAUCCUGCGUCUGGAAGCGACUCCUUUAGCAUGUCACCCGGCAGUAGCUAUACUUUGUCUGGAAGCGACUCAAUCUUCAAUAUGUCACCCAUCAGAGCCCAUCCUCUGUCUGGAAGCGGCUCAGGCAUCAGUAUGCCAUCCAGCAGAAGCUAUACUGCCUCUGGAAGCGACUCCGUCUUCAGUAUGCCAUCCAGCAGUGACUAUACUGCGUCUGGAAGUGACUCAGGUCACUUCAGUUUCACACCCAACAGAACCUAUUCUAUGUCUGGAAGCGACUCAGUCUUUACUUUUCCAUCCAGCAGCGACUAUAGUUCGCCUGGGUACUUCAGUAUGACACCCGGCAGCACCUAUACUGUGUCUGGAAGCGACUCCAGCUUCUUCAGUAUGUCACCCAGCAGAAGCCAUGCUGCCUCUGGAAGCGACUCAAGCUUCUUCAGUAUGUCACCAAGUAGAAGCCAUGCUGGCCCUGGAAGCCCAUCAGUCUAUUUCAGUAUGUCACCCAGCAGAAGCCAUGCUGUGUCUGGAAGCGACUCCAGCUUCUUCAGCAUGUCACCCAGCAGAAGCCACGCUGCCUCUGGAAGCGACCUAUCCGCCGCAUAUUUCCGGCCUCCCUUUGUACCCCAAGCAGCGAGUUCCCCUCGUGCUCCUGCUCCUGCUGGUAAGUCUGUUUGUCAAGCAAUUGCAGUCCCUGGCAUGUGGCUUCAGAGCCAGCAGCUCCCUUGGUGCUGCACAGCUUCUGAAGGCAAAUACAACAACCCUUCAUGGCAAGCAUAAUGGAGCAAUAACACUAACGCCAACAGAAACAUUGAAUGAUAAUCUUCAGAAGAGGAAGGGGAUGCUGAAAGCUAACACAGGCAUUCAAAUUACAGCAUUUCCUUCCAAGAGUAGCCCUUUCAGAUCCUUGUAUUUCCUUGCAUUUCAAAAUGUACCUUCUCUUAAAAGAAAUUGACUUCCUCUGAAAGAUGUCGGUAAGAAUAUGGAGAACUUCAAACAAGGUAUUCCUGCAACACUUCCUAGGGCAAGAUAUUGGUGCUAAUGGCCUUUGCCUAUCAAAGAUUAAUAGAUAAGAAUUAUGUGCCGUGUGUUUGACAUGAGCAAUUAAGGCAAGGAGCUGACAGUUGUAAGUACUUGACGUACGUGCUCUUGUGAGAGGUAUUCAACGGCAGCUGGAGAUUCUCUCCUGAUUUGGUUCUAUUGCCUUUUAUU